AUGGGCUGCGCAACAAGCGCAACGUCCGGCAAAGGCAGCGGAACUCGUUUGAUCGCAACAAAGCUUACGUUUACAUGCGAGCAGUUGGAAAAUCUCAAUGGGUUUUUCCGGAAAACAAUUGAAUCAACUAUUAGCGAUAAAGAAAUGAAGAAAACUGAGGCAACAGUCGAAAGAUUAAUUCAGCGUCUACUGGCAGCUGUGGGAAAAUUAGAUCCUAGAUUUUCUUCCAUGUUUUUGCAAUUGAAGUUCGAAUACCUACUGCGGAUGGAUGCACUCUCAAGCCCAAUGAUCGAUACGAACAUGAAUAUAGCAACUGUGGUGAAUUUAGAAGAAGAUGCAGCACUACCGGGAUUUGCGCGACUUCGUAUUCGUGGAGUAGACAUCGAAUCGUGGGCUGAGUUUCUCGGUCCUGGUGGAAGAUUGAGGAGAGAUCUCGUGAAAGCCAAACUCGUGAACUUAUUGGCAGCUGCUACAAAACAAGAAACAAUUAAUAUGAAUGAAAGAACGUGUCAAUCGCCUGGACAAAUAGUCGAUGCUGAAACGCUUGAUAAAAUUCUUAAACAACCUGACCACUGCAGGGUAUUUUACGGACCCGCCGCUGAGGAAAAAGAGCUGCCAUUGCCGCGAGAUCAUCGUAUAGUGCUGGUGGAAGAUGCUACUGGAAUACUCAUACGCAUAAGUUUGAACGGCCAUAAAAUACGUGAUGUUGAAGUAAGACUAAUUAUUGGUGUUGGCGUAUCUCUGUGGUCAUCGCUAGCUGAUUAUCCAGGUCGGGUUCCAUUGUACCAUUGUGACGCUCUGCUUCAUUACACUGCCGCUCAAAGUGGGAUGUACGCAGUAGCAGUAGGUCCUUAUCCGAGUGCUCGGUGUGACGAUCGUGCAACACUCUGGCGUCUCCGUGCUCCAGCUGCCGAGACAAUCAUGAGUCAGCAUUAUUCAGACGAAAGUGUACCAGCCCUGACGGAGUCUGUACUCAUGCACAUAGUAGAUCAACUACGUGGGAGAUUACCAUUGAAUUUAUCCAUCAAACAAAAAGACAUACUGAGAGUCGUAUCACGUCACAUUGUACGAACGAUACACUGGUGGUCACUGGAGAGAGCAGGACCAGACCCUCUGAGGAGUUGGUCUCCCGAUAGUCUCUCACGUCACGUUUUACUGGCACUCGACGAAUUGGUCACCGCCCUCAGGUGUCAGAGCUUGCGGUGUUACUUUCAUCCCCGUUGCAACGUGAUGCUGCAGUGUGCCAAAGGAGGAAUUCUUCACCACGAAGAUUCUUACGUCUCAGAUGCUCGUCUUUUGGAAUUGUAUCUACUUACCCUUCACCAGUACUCAUUGAACUUGACUUCAGUAGAUCCUCGACCAAGUGACAUCCUUGAGAGUGAACUGAUUGUGCGCUGGCGCCAAGUAAUGGCCUCUUUGCCGCGUGGCACCAUGGGAGGGCACUACGGUUACAGUACCCGACAAUUGAUGUACUUAGGAAUUGUUAUAAAACAAGUUCUUAAAGUAAAGGAACUUGUAAUGCAGAAUCUGUUGAGCGAGUGUUCAUUUUUAAAUUUGUCGUUAUCGUCAGACGCACGAUCAAGCCCCACUGAAAAUUUAGUUUAUCUUUUGACACUGGUGCUGAAACAAGCCAGAGACCAAAUUUACGCGAUAAUGGAUCGCCAUAAGAAUUUUGAACACAGUCAUAAAAAGUCAUACGUAUCGUCAAGAUCGAAGAAGCAGUAUCACACAACGUACAAUUAUUUCGAGCAUUCGGUUGACAUAUUAAUUGACAUUGUUCGUCGUGAUCGCGAAACAGCGUACACCGAUCUGGAGAACGACGUAAUAAUGUCAAAGAGUCUCUUGAGAUGGCUGUACUUUGGUAAUGAAUUUCUCUGGUUAAUUGAAGUAGUUUCAAUAGCACUAGCAAUUGCAAUGGCAAGUAGUAGUAGUAGUAGUAGUAGUAGUAGAAUGGAAUACGACAAGAAAGUCCUGGGGCAUAUUCUGCGACCAUAUCUGGGCAAUCUCUUCAACUCGUCUCACGAGAAUGCCUGGCAAGUGCAGUCCUGGCGCAAGCGACAAGACAUUUACAAUACUGAAAUGCGAUCACUGUCUCUCUUCUGUAAACUAGUAACAACUCAAGAGACAUCACCGGCCGCUGGUAUUGUUGAAUCGCUAUCCAAAGGCUGGACUUGGGCUGAACAGACGAUCAACAUGAUUGAACGCUCUCCAGAACACGGUUUAAGACUGCUAUUCAUUACACCUGACCGAGUUAUCAAGUACAGUCUAACAUUCACCAACAAUCGUGGACUGAGUGCUUUUUCGAGUUGGAGCAAAGCUCGGAAUAUUGGUAAUAUUACCAGAAGGGCAACUAUUGCUAGGACCACUAUGAUUACUGCUACUGAUUUUUUACCUAAGGUUCAGCAGACUCACCUUGAUCAAACUGAUAAAGGAUACGCUAGUUAUGUUGAUCUGCGAGACUCGAGUCCCUUGACGUACGUCGUGUCGAUAAAUCGUCGACGGGGGCGACAACGAGGCCCUGGAGGAUUAAUACCAGCAUUGGUAACUCUCAAUAAAUUCCGGAUACUUCAAGAAGCUGCCGCGGUAUUACCUCAUGACGAGAGAGUAGCGAUGCUGGAUGCAGUUCAAAAGGUUUCUAGGGAAGCGUCCCGACGUUUCCGAAGAACUAGCUGUCCGGAUCUGAGUGGUUCAAACGGUCCGAAGCAAACAUAUACGCCUAGAUCGGAUGGUGAAUUAUUGGAGAGGCCAUUAUCACGUUUAUCGCCGAGUCCUCGUCAGCGCGGAAUAAUAGAUGAACAUCAAAAGCAACUGCAUCGUGAAAUAAUGGAGAUACAUGAUACAUUAACGCGUGGACUGAGACCUAGAAAUUGUAUUUCAACAGCAGCUUCAGAUUCAACUUCAACGCUCUCUUGGACAUCAUCAAUUCGAUCAGCAGGCAAAAAUAGAUUGAUGAGAACUCGCAAUCCGAUAUGGGAUACCGUUAGAGGCACAUCGACGAUGUGGGACCGGAUUAGCACCGAUGGGAAUUUCGUCACCAAGAGUAAAUCUGACGAGAUGAUAAGCCGGGAGGAGUCGCCCAAGUGGAGUAACUCGAACAGUCGUCAGUCGAGAAGUGAAACAGGUCUCAGUGGCGAUGAAAUACUGCCGUCAUGGGAUUUUCUUGAGACAACACUCAAUCGGAAGCUUCUUCAUUUCGACAAGUCGGCCUCCGAAGCUCAAGAUACCCUUCGAGAUGAUAUUUCAAUAAUAUAA